UUUCCACUGCAAGUGAGAAAGGAAAUCUCUUGUUCCCAGAAAAUCUCGAUCACCUACUAUGUCGCCCCAGCAACAACCCGACCGGUCUGCUCAACCCUUCACCUUCAGGGCUACUGUACCAUCCGUAGAGGCUGUGGAUCAUGGCCCCGACCAUGACUCCCUUUCAAGCGAUGCGGGACAGUCAACGCCACCAGAGUCCGACUCGGAAACUCCAGACGAAAGAAAUUACGUCCCAAACGGCUCGGUCGCUUCCCUUGAGACAGCCAGCAACUUGGGCAUUAGUGAGCCUUUGAGGGCAUUGAGCUUGUCUUCAGGGCAAUCGACCUCGGUUAAUGCCGACUUGUUCGAUGCGACGUCGGAAGAUCCUGAUACCUCCGGGCGACACACUUCUGUUCGCGAUCCGUUGCCCAGUCACAACCAGCCGGGCCUUGAUGGAGACCAAGGAUACCAAAUAAACACUGGUAGCGAAGUCGAUAACGAUAGCAAUAUUUCCUCAUUGGAUGAUGUGCCACAGGAACUGCCGCCCUCCGCGCCUAUAUUCAACAGCGACCUUCAGGGGGCCCUAAGAGACGUCAAAGAUCAUUUGUCAAGCAUCAUCUCUGACAUGGAGCAGUGCCCUUUGAUUGCUGAUCAAGAAUCCGACCUCUCAAAACAGCACGAGCAGGUACGAAUGGCAAGUCAACUUGACUGUCCAGAAACUCGCACUAUAGGAUUCAUUGGGGACUCGGGGGUUGGCAAGAGCAGGUUGAUUAACUCUCUCCUGAACCUAGAUGGUCUGGCCCGGUCGAGUGCCGAGGGCUCGGCCUGUACCUCUGUCGUUACCGAGUUCCGUGAUAUAGAUCGCCACCAUCCCAGUUGGACAAUUGAAGUCCUCUACAUGGACUCUGAAGAAGUAAAGGAACUGCUUGAGGAACUCCUCCAGAGCUUCAGAAUGUAUUACACAGAUACCUUUCGUGAGGUGACCAGCAUGCAAGAACAAGAGCGUAUUCGCGAGCGGUCAACCAGGGCAUGGGCCACGUUCCAUUCAAUGUUUCGCGGACAGCCAGACCUCACGCACGAAUUUCUUGCUGACCAGACAGAAGCCGCACAUUCGCGAAUUCUGGAGAGACUUCAACAAUGGACACAGCCUUCGUCCAGACAACGUCCUGGAGGCCCAGCGCUGCAACAUAAAGCUGUACUGGGCAGCUUUAACCUCUGUCAGUCUCAUCUUGAUAGACUCACAAUGGACCCGCAGGAUGAAGGAGAAACUGCAAUCUGGCCUUUUAUCAAGCUAAUUAGGGUGUACUUGCCUUCACCAAUUCUACGUACCGGCUUAGUAUUGGCAGACUUGCCUGGCUUCCGUGACCUGAAUUUCGCUCGGGUUCGUGCAACUGACAGAUAUCUCAAACACUCCUGCAAUGAGGUUUUCGUUGUGACGACAAUAUCGAGGUGCAUCACCGACCAGAGUAUUGACGAGAUAAAAUCACGAUGCAAUAGAGGACAACCAAUGCGCAUCGUGUGUACUAGAAGCGAGGAUGUUAUAGCAGGUGAAAUGGCCCGCCAGUACAGUGAUCUUGCUCCGGAGAUAAACAGGCUAGAAAGACGGGUAAGACACGCGGAGAGCAGAUUCGCCGAAGCAUUUAGAGCCGGCAGUGGUGGAAAUCUACGUGAACUCAUAAGCAACAAAGAUAGAGCCCAAUUUGAACGCGACCAAUUCUUGAUCUGGAACCGGAAUCAGCGCGUUGAAGCAUGCCUUAGGAAGCAUGGUGAGGAAGUUCGUAUCUUCUGCAUCAGUAACGAACUGUACUCUCGGCACCGUGGAGGUAACUCGACACAUGACGAUGAUUAUCUUGAGCUCAGUUGUAUUCGCGAACUACGUCAUUACUGUCAAUUAGUUCCAGCCGAGGCGCAAUUUUGCUUCGUUACUGCGUUUCUAGAGCAUCGUGCACCAGCCGUGCUGCGAUCUGUGAAACAAUGGACCCUGACUGGCUGCGACAAUGUCACCGCUGAGAGGGCGAAAACGCUGCGGCAAGUAUUGUUGGAUAUCGAAAGAGCUUUCCGUGAGGCGCUUAUGCCGCAAAACGCAGGAUUCCGGGCAUUCCCAGGAAGGCUCAAGGAACGUUUUGACGACGAAAUACUCGAUGUAGCCUAUGAACAAGCUCCCGAAUGGAGAAAAAGUGCGCUUCAAACCAGCAGGGUAUGGCAGAGUUGGCAUCAUACUACUUAUGCGGCCUUUUGUCGAAACUACGGUACGCAUUCGACAAGAAAUGCCGGUUCUCAUUGCUGGAAUACCGAGCUACUGGAAGGCACGCAGGCAGCUUUGGAAGAAUCUUGGUCCUCUUUGGAAAAAUGGAUUCUCAUACAAAAACAUUUGUUGAAUGGCGCUGUAAGAGCCGCUUUUCAGAAAAAUCUUGAAUGUUUGGAAGACAAUAUACUGCUGGCGCCAAUCGCAUUGGAAAACUUAAUUGACAACAUGGGUGACAGAGAGGCUUGCAUAACCAACAGCGUUGGGCAGUUGCUCAACCGCCUUAUAGAAUCGUUAAGUCUAAUAAAGGGAGACGCUCUCUACGGCCACGCUAGCUCAUACAUGGCGGGGUUGAUGCGGCCUGUCUAUAAUAAGUGUAACAGUGACUCAGGUGGAGGUGUUGACGGCCGGCGAAAAUGUUAUAUGAGAGAUCACCUCACCAAAACCACAAUAUUCUUUCAUCUCAUAGAGGCCAUCAAUACCGACUGCCGCUCCCUCUUUACGGAAAUCCUCUCAGAGCUGAAACAAGUGAUUCAUCAGGAAAUGGGGAACCUAUAUAGCGAUCUCCACAACGUCAUGGCAGAGGAGGGCGAAAUGACUGAAGCAACAAGGUUUCCAGGUGUUGCCAGCAGUCUACGUAAUAAGGUAGACAUGGCUGAAAGUACACUUAAACAGGCAUGUGAAAUUGUUGGCAGAUUGCGAAGCACCUCAUCCUUAUCUUGAACAUACCAUGGGACUGGCUUGUUGAUCUGGUUACCUAGCUAGCGAAAGGAUUGCAGCCUUGAUCAUCUUCCAACCAUGGUUGAAGCUAAGGUCAUAUUGUUCCACGUCUGUUCAAGAGGUGGAUGCAGAUGUGCAAUGUUUAUAGAUAACUAUUAUGUUUUGACACUGGAUAAUUUCAAAUUCCUUCCUGCAACA